AUGAUGAUGAUAUAUGUUUCAUUCUGCUUGAAUUAGUGGCAAAAGUUUAGUGUAUUUUUCUGCUUUCGUGGAGCACCUUGUUUAAGUAAGAACAUCGGCCUACUUGGAAUGAUCUCCAGCAUGAGAGAGAAAUAAUGGGCUUUCCAACAACAUGGUUAAGUGAUGGCUGAGUUAACCUGCAUGAAGCGUGGCAUCUCAUCAUCUCACGGGCCAGUCAUGAGCAAACCACUUCGAUUUGAACUUUUCAUUCUCAUUUUUGUUGCUCUACAUGACAAAGACCAAUUUUCAGAGGGGUUAGGUACAAAGGACCUUAAUCAAAAUGGAGAAAUUGCUGAAGUCAACUUGGGCCUACCGGCGGGCCUCCUAAGUAGCAUUCAACCGAUGUUGCUAAGUGAGCAACAGAGUGUAGGUUACUGUGACAAAGAGGGCUUUCACAUCGUCAUCCAAAGAAACGCCACAGUUCCUUUACUGGAAUUGGAUAAAGUUCAUGUGGCCUACAACAGAAGUGCUGCUUGCAAGCCCACGUUCAGAAGCAAGCAGUCAGUGGUCUUUCAAUUCCCAAUCACAGGCUGCGGUGCAAAGUUCAAGUUUUUUGGUGGAUACAUUUCCUACUGGGUAAACAUAGUUGGAGGAAUUCAAGUCUAUCAUCUGGAACAUGGGUCGAUAUUUCGGGAUCCCCCGUUCAUAUUCACUCUACAGUGCACCUACAUCCUCCAUGGUACAACCACAUUAAAGACAGCAGUCCAGAAACCCAUUGUUCAGCCCCCAACUAUGAGAAAUGAGGGGCUGCUUCGCGUAGGAAUGAGAUUUGCCAAAGAUGCGUCAUACAACUUAUUUCACAAGAAAAGCGAUUCGACAAAGUACAUGCUGGGAGAUCCUGUUUUUGUAGACGUGUUUCUCCUCAAGCUGGAUGAUGAGGCCCUCGUGCUCUGCUUGAGGGACUGUUGGGCAACCCCGACUAGUGACUCCCAACACCACAGUCGAUGGAAUCUACUCAGUGAUGGGUGUCCCUCUGAUGAGGACAGCUACAACACUGAGGUCCUGCAAGUGACACGUGGGGAGGCAGUGAAGUAUCCACAGCAUCACAAGUGGUUCAUGUUCAGAAUGUUCUCUUUCGGAAAAUCCAAUGAGUUUCAAAGCAAAGUGUUCAUACACUGUAAUGCUGAGGUCUGCAAAGGAACUAAAUGCUGUGUACCCAACUGCAGCCUGGCACCAGCACACCAAAAGACCAAGGGAGAAGAAUAUGGACUGAAUAUGGACUUUCACGAUAGGCCCACUACUAUUUCUGAAGGCCCCCUUCUAUUGGGAUAGCCUGAAGUGCUGCAAUAAUAAAAUUAUGAAAUAUUUA